AUGAAAUCAAAAACUUAUUCCAGCGAAAUGACGUUGGAGUUACACAUAGAAGUGUUUAAAAAUGGAGAUAAUCCCAACCAACGAUCCCACUGGGGCUUCCUUUUGGCGAAGCCGGAAGAAGACUUCGGUGACCUCUACCAUGUGCAACUGAUCGACCAAUCGACACUUUGGUAUCAGCUGGCUGUUCGUGAAGCUACUACCAUUAAAACCCGGCACGCUAUCGGAAUGUGCAAGAUCGCGCGUCUGAACGCUGGACUCCGUUCAAAGGUCGUUGAGAUCAUCUCAAACGAGCCUGCUCCUAGGGGCGAUAAAAGAAGAUGCCAGGAUUGGACAAUUGAUGUAUUGGCUUCUCUUGAAGUGGAGGAGCUUAUUGAAGCUGGGACUGCCGAGAGGUGGAACAAGAGAGUGGGUAUGAACGUGAAGGAUAUUGCGAAAGACUGUGGCAAUGACUGGAUUGAGUUUUAAAUUGAGGGAACAUGAAUAUACAUGUCAAGUAUUGUCCUGAGGUUCUAGAUAUUAUAUUCAUCCAGGGCAAGGUCGGCAAACGCUAGGACUUCCCACAGUGAAUCAGACUCUCCCAAUCCAAGCCAGGGAGAUACUAUACCCUGCUAUACCUUGGUCUGAUGUCAAGCUACAUAAAGUAAUAGGAAAU